AUGCCUAGGAUCUCGCCAAAACUUGUUAAGCAAGCCCUCAGAGAUUCUCCAUUACUAAUUCCACUACUUCGAGCAAAUCCGAAUUUGGAACAAGCAAAAUUGGAAUUAAGAUGGAUUAAAAGCGAACUACCAAGAAGUCAAUGGCUUGAUGCCAUUCGCAGAAGAUCAAAAUUGGAACCAUUACAAUAUAUUCUUGGAUCACAACCGUUUGGUGCAUUGGAUAUACUAUGUCGACGAAAUGUGUUAAUUCCAAGGUGGGAAACUGAAGAGUGGGUAUUGAAAAUAUCUGCUUUAAUACGAAAGCAUCAUAUACGGUCAGACAAACAGCUAAAUAUUCUAGAUGUCUGUACUGGAUCAGGCUGCAUACCCUUAUUAUUAAAUUAUGAAUUAUCUGAAGUUCAAAAUAUUCCUCUUAAUAUACAUGCUUGUGAUAUAUCAAAAUAUGCUGUUGGUCUAUCUAUAGAGAACUUGAAAAAGUAUGGAGAGAAAUAUCCGCUGAGUUCUAAGAAUGUUGAAUUUAGUAAGGGGGAUGUAUUUGAUGAAGAUAUUUUAAAGAAUAUCCUAUCGAAUAAGGAGUUAAAUUUGGUUACUUCUAAUCCUCCAUAUAUUCCACUCCAUGAUUUCAAUUCCCCUGUACAUAUAAAUGGCAUAGAAAAAUCAGUAAGACAAUAUGAACCGUCAAUUGCAUUACUUGGAGAAAACGAGUUUUACGAAGCUUUAAUAAAGAAUAUCAUACUUAAGCUGCAUCUAGAAAGCUUCGUUUUUGAGGUAGGGUACACUGAGCAAGUAGAAUUUGUAGCUAAUAUGCUUCAAGAGAAUAUCAAUUGGCAGUGUGGCAUGAUGAAAGAUAGUUCAGGAAAUGUUAGAUGUGUCGUUGGUUGGUUAAAAAAUUCUAAAAUGAACUACUUGCAAGAAUUAUGUGAAAUAAUAUACUAG